AUGCUAUACCUACCAUAUCAAUUCUCUUGCUAAAACAGCUUUGUUAUUUGUAAAUCGUUAAGAUAGAAGAAUUAAAGUAAAUAUUAAAAUUCAGAUAAUCAUUUUGAUAUUAAAAACUUGGAAUUAUUGCAUAUGACUCAAUUUAGUGGAAAACAGAAUCCUUUAAAUACAACUAUAACUUUACCUAAUUAGAAAUAUGAAUCGACUUUGAUUUCUUGUUUGUCUUAAACAAACAUCAAUUUGACAAAUUAAAUCAAUUUGGUUAAAGAAUAUGUAUCUGAAAUUAAUCAAUACAACGUUAAAUUGGAAGAAUCAUAGAAAAUAACAAAGAACAUCCCAAAAAAUAUUAUUAGAAAAAUAUGCUACUUCAGAUGACUCAUCCUUAUAUUUAGAAUCUUCAAGGUUUAAAAUUGAGAGAAACUUUAAUCAAAUUUAUAAAUCAGGUAAGUUUCGAUGGUUAUAUCCUGGUGAAGAAGCAGCAAUUAUUGAGGGUAUAGAAUCAUUUCUAAAUGAGUGUUCAAAAAGAUAUCUUUGUUGAUGAUGAGUAUGUAGAAGAUUUAAAAUUUGAUUAUUAAUAAAAAGAGGUUAGAGUAUUUAUUUAAUUAUCCCAUCUGCUUGAAGUAAAUUGAAGCUCAUUGGAAGAUUUUGGCUACAAUCUUUAAAUUGAAACAGCAAAAUCGUGUAUAUAAAAACUAAGCGACAAAUAAGUUGUGGAAAGAUAUUCAAACAUCAAAAACAUUGUUUUUAGAUUUAAAUAUGGAUAAUAAUAAAUUGGUGCUUUUUGUCAAACAAUUAUAGAAUUGA